AUGCAUUCAUCAAAGAUACUGGUCGCAUUCGUAUGUUUGCUCAACUUUUCAGAAUGCAAGAAGAUUUUGGCGAUCUGCGCGUUCCCCGUUCACAGCCAUUACAUUUACAUGGAGAGAAUUCUGGAUAAACUAUCGGAGAGAGGACACGAAAUCACAGUGAUUUCUCCUUCCAAAGUCUCCAAUAGUAAUUUCACCAAAAUUUACUUGAGCGGACUCUCCGAAGGCUUCGAAGAAAAACGAACAACCUUACUCAAUUACGGGAAACUCUCGGUGUUUUCCAAAAUAAUGAAAGCCUACGAAAUAGCUUAUUGGUUCACUGAAAACGCAGUGAAAUCACACGAAAUUUCCGAGUUCCUAAAGCAAUCCCAACACUUCGACGCAGUUAUUUUGGAUCAAUUCUUACACGAUUCCUUCUUAGGCUUCGCUCAUCACUUCAAAUCACCGGUUAUUUACACGUGCAGCUUUGGCACUAACAUAUGGAGCAAUCACUAUGUGAACAAUCCUUCACCUCUCUCCUAUAUCCCUCACAAAUUCGCCAUACACAGCGGCAAAAUGACUUUUCUGCAACGGCUACAAAACUUAAUCAAUAGUUCUUUCGAGGAAUUGUACAGAAGAUUCGUAGCAUUACCCAAGUUCAAUAAAUGGAUGAAAACUAUAUUUCCUAACGCUCCAAAUCUUAAUGAACUGAUGUACCAAGACCCUCUAUUACUGCUAAACACGCAUUACAGCACACACAAUGCUAUACCUCUGAUGCCUAACAUGAUCGAAGUUGCUGGUGCUCACUUGAAAGAAAAUCCUCUACCAGAAGACCUGAAAAAGUUUCUAGACGAUUCUACGAAUGGAGUGAUUUUGUUCUCGUUAGGCUCCAUCAUACGCUCAAGCAAUUUGACAAACCCUGAUGUCUUCUUAAAAGUUUUCGGUAAAUUAAAACAAAACGUCCUUUGGAAAUGGGAAAACGACCAAUUACCAAAAUCAACUGACAACGUUAAAUUCGCCAAAUGGUUACCGCAGUUCGACGUUUUAGCUCACAAAAACGUUAAAGCUUUCAUUUCGCACGGAGGUUUAUUAAGUUCCAUCGAAGCUGUACACCAAGGAGUUCCAAUCGUAGGAAUUCCCAUUUUCGGUGAUCAAAAUGUCAAUAUUAAAUUUCUGCAAAGCAAGGGUAUGGCAAUCUACGUGAACUACCUCGAUUUGGCUGAAAUCUCUUUGGAAAAGGCUAUAUUGCAGGUGUUAAAUGAUGAGCAGUUUAAAAUAAAUGCUGUGAGGAGGUCAGAGUUGUUCCGUGAAAGGGAUAUGAAACCUUUGGAUAAGGCGGUUUAUUGGGUGGAGCAUGUUUUGAAGUACGGAAAGUUGAGCGAAAUGAGGAGUCAUUCGAUGGAUUUGCUUUGGUAUCAGAAGGAAAUGGUGGAUGUUGCUGCUUUUCUAUUGUUUUUAAUAGCCAUUGUUGCGUUUUUAGUUAUCAAAAUGUGUAAGAAGAAUAAGAUUAAAGUGGAUUAA